GAUUCGGCAAUUCCCACCGAGGGCAAGGAAUUAUUAGAUAGAAAAAAAAUUUAUCAGCAAGACGGUGAAAUCACUUGGUCGACGAAAUGUGAUUUUCUACUUUCAGUUAUAGGAUUUGCAGUUGAUCUUGCCAAUGUAUGGCGAUUUCCAUAUUUGUGCUUCAAAAACGGUGGAGGCGCUUUUUUGAUACCUUAUACGCUGAUGGUCCUUUUGGCUGGUAUACCACUGUUUUACAUGGAGCUAUCACUAGGACAGUAUUAUAAAAAGGGUGCAAUUACUACGUGGGGAUAUAUUUGUCCACUUUUUAAAGGAAUUGGAUAUUGCGUUGUGUUAAUAGCUUUUUAUACUGAUUUUUUCUAUAAUGUUAUCAUAUCAUGGGCACUGCAUUUCUUCUUUGCAUCAUUUGCAAAAGAACUGCCUUGGACAUCGUGUUCGUAUGAUUAUAAUAGUUUGGCAUGUUAUACACCAAGCUGGAAUGACCAAGGAAGCGAAUGUAUCGAACGACUUAAUUCUUCGCAAGGAAUAUCCGCAUCUGAAGAAUAUUUUUACAAAUAUUUUCUGAGACUUCAUUAUUCUGGUGCAUCAAAUUCAUCAGUUGCGCGAUCUCUAACAAAUCUUGGUUCCAUUAAUUGGCAAAUGGCGAUUUGCCUACUCAUCGUUUAUAUUAUUUGCUAUUUUUCGCUGUGGAAAGGCAUAAAAAUGAGUGGAAAGGUGGUUUGGUUCACUGCUAUAUUUCCAUAUGUGGUGCUUUUCAUUUUGCUGAUUCGAGGUAUCACUCUUCCCGGAGCUGAAAGAGGAAUUAAAUAUUAUAUACAACCGAAUCUUGAGAAGCUAAGAGAACCUAGUGUUUGGCAAGAUGCAGCAACUCAAGUAUUCUUCUCGCUCGGUCCUGGUUUCGGUGUUUUAAUGGCUUAUGCAUCAUACAAUCCGUUUUACAAUAAUGUCUAUUUUGAUGCACUUUUAACGAGUACGGUGAACUGCGCUACAAGUUUUCUGUCGGGAUUCGUUAUUUUUUCGGUAUUGGGUUAUAUGUCAUGUAGAAGUGGAAUACCCAUCAAUGAAGUUGCACAGGAGGGACCCGGUCUCGUAUUCGUUGUAUACCCGGAAGCUUUAGCAACAAUGCCUGGUGCUUCAGCCUGGUCGAUCAUCUUUUUCUUGAUGCUGGUUACUCUAGGAUUAGAUAGUUCUUUUGGCGGAUCUGAAGCAAUAAUUACAGCAUUAAGUGAUGAAUUCGCCAUAAUAAGACGAAAUCGCGAAUGGUUUGUCGCUAUUUUAUUUAGUUUCUACAUGGUUAUUGGAAUUUUGAUGUGCACCGAGGGUGGAAUGCUUGUAAUGGAAUGGCUUAUUGUUUAUGGUGCUUCAUGGGGACUUAUUAUCGCAGUUCUUAUUGAAGCAAUUGUAAUUUCUUUUUUUUACGGUAUUAAACGUUUUGCGAUGGAUAUAAAAGAAAUGUUGGGCUUUGAACCAGGUUGGUACUGGAGAAUUUGUUGGACUGUCGCGGGACCAUUGUUUUUAUUUGGAACCAUUGUAAGCAGUUUCAUGGGUUAUGCACCACUAAAGUACCAGGACUAUGUCUACCCAUAUGCGGCCAAUUUUUUGGGAUUGAUGUUCACUUUUUCUGCCGUUUCCGCUAUACCGAUUGUAGCAGUUUACAAAUUCUAUAAUGCAAAGGGCAAUUUCAAAGCAGUUAACUUUCGUUUUUACAUUGACCCUGAGCCCGAUUCACUAAGACACCGGUAA